GCGGAAACGAGGUUGGUCACGUGAUACGACGUCACGGCCAUGGAAGCGCCAUUUUGAAGAAAAUGUGAUUAUAUGAUAAAGAUAUUUUCAAAUACAAACAAAAACAAGAAUCAUGUCCAGCUCAAGGUCAUCAAGAAGUAAGAAGCCAGAAGGUUCAACUCGUGUUAAAUUGUUGGCCAAAGAGACAAAUGGCACGGAUGAUGACACUGAAGAUCAAAUUGAAAUCAAUUCUGGAGCAUCAGAUGAUGAAGGUAGUUCUGCCAGUGACAAACCAAAGAAGCAGAGAGAAAGUUCAUUCAACAGAGCUGGCUUCUCCAUGCCUGAUGAUCUUAAGAAGUUGAUGGAGAGAGUAACGUGUUGUUCAUGUGGUAAACAGCUAAACCCAAUGAAUCAUGGUGCUGUGAGGAAACAUCCAUGGCUCAAAGUAGUCACAUGCAAGAAAUGUUACAAGUUCUUAAGAAGUGGCGCAUUUACUCGUGAUGAUGAAGGUAUAGAUGAACAGUGCCGGUGGUGUGGCGACGGAGGACGUCUGUAUGGCUGCGAUUUCUGUCACAAUUGUUUCUGUAGACAUUGUAUCAAGCGUAACAUGGGCAGAUCCGAGGCUGCAAUGAUGGAAGAUGAUGAUGGCAGUAAAUGGCACUGUUAUAUCUGUAAGCCAAAGAAAAUCAGAAAGCUUAGGGAUGACUGUGAGAAAAUUCUUGGCUAUAUUGAAGCCCAAGACAAAAAAGAAAAAGAAAAGGCAGAAAGAGCGAAACAGAGAGAGAAAGAAAAGCUAGAAAAAUCGAGAGAAAAGUCUAGAGAGAAGUCGAAAAAAGAGGAAAAAGAAAAAGAUAAAGAUAAAACAGAUGAAAAGGAUAAAGACAAGAAAGAUGAAAAAAGCACACCAAAACGUGGAUUCCCAGCACCUAAAGGCAAGUCACAAAUAGCUGAAGAAUUGAAGUUGGAAAAGAAAGAAGCUUCACCUAGUAAAGCCAUGUCAGUUUCACAAUCAGCACCAGACCUUAUAGUUGUUGGGGACGGUCCAGCACAAUCAGAAAAACUCCAUCAUAGAGCUGUUAACUAUAGACCUGAUGCGAGAACUGGAGUCCAACAUGUUCAAAAACUCAGCAGCAAUGUUACUGCAGUGACAGUUGGACCUAAAAAUGAUAAGCCUGUGGUACAGCCAUUUGCAUCAACAAAAGGGGGUGGAAUGCCCAGGCAAUCAGUACUACAGAAGCCUUUGUUAAUGGGUAUGUUAACUACAAAUACAGGACCCUCUAAAGGCCCCUCUAACAUAGACAGAAUGCUCGUAAAGAAAAAGCCCCCAUUAAAUGACAUGAGAGCACUAAAAGAUAACAUCUUUCCUUAUAAUGUUGAAGAGGUUGCAGAAAAAAUGAGCACCAUGGCUCAAUCAUUAAAUCUCACUCUGAACUCGCUUAAAACAGACUUGGCCAUUGCAAAGUUGUCUCAAUCUAAUAUGUUUCAAGCAAGACAGAUGGCAGCAGCCCAAAUGAAGAACGGAUUGGAUUACUUCUUUAAUAAUAUACGUGAACUAUUAAAUGUGCAGAUAACAGCACAAAAUCCAGACAAUAUUUCAGAAGACAAAAGUCAGGGUGAUGCAAAACCCUUAUCUAGUUCUUCGUUAACCAGUACUCCAAUCAGCAAACAAGGAACUCUAGUCAAUUCCAUGCCAGGGAAGUUAAAUGAAUCAUUAAUUCCAAUUGAAAUUGAUGCUAGUCCUGUUAAGAAAGCGGAAGGGAAAACUGAGAAAAUGGAAACCGAUGAAGAUGUUGUUAUUGUGACUGAUAGUGACACACAAGAGAUGAAAGUACUACAUGUUAAAAAUGACAAAGUGGUGAAAGAGGAAGAAGCGAGUGGUGAAGUAGAGAAAUCUAAAGGUAAGGAAAAUGAUGCUGUAGAUGAGAUUGUUCUUGAUGAGGAUAGUCCAUCAGAAAGCGAAUCUAAAAAAGAAACUGUUACCGCGUCAAAUGAUACAGAUGACAAAAAUAAAAAGAAAGCUGUGAAUGAUGAAGAAAAUGAUGAGCCAAAGGGUACUGAUGAUGAUAACAUUUCUAAAAAAGAAACGGAUGAAUCUGAAAAAGCAAAACAAAUAGAAAAUAUAACAUCUGCAGACAGCAAGGCUGACAAUAUUACUGAUGAUGCUGAAUCUACAGAAAGUACAUCGAAAAGUAAGUUAGAGGUUAGUGAGAAUACAGCAGCAGAGUUGGAACUGUUAAAAGAAAUGGCUGAUGAGUUGAAUGAACUAGAAGAAAAAUCGAAGGAUUCUGAUCAGCCUAGAAGGUCAAGUAGGACUAAGAACCUUGAACAGUCUGAAGCUAAAAAUGAAUCUGAUAAGGAAUCUCCUGUUAGGAGGUCUAGUAGGCAACGUCAGAAGCCUGAAGAUGAAAGCACUGAGAAAAAAGACAAAAGAGACAAAAGUUCACCUGAAAAGGGAAAGACAGAUUCCAAGAAGGCAGACAAGACACAAGAGGUUACUGAAGAAAAGGAUGAAGAGGAUGUUUCUGUUAAGGAAGAUAAAAGUAAAAAAAAAGCAGGGGGAAAGUCAAAGAUCUCUUAUGAAUCAGAAGAUGAAAAUAAUGAAGAAGAGCCAGAUAAGAGAAAGGGAAAUGAAGAUAAAGGAAAGGAAAAGAACAAAAUAGCAAAAGGUCAGUUGAAGUCCAGUGACUCUAAAACUCUUGAUGAAGAUUCAGAUGAUAAUACUGAAGAAGAAGUGCCUGAAAAUAAAAACAAUACUAAAUCUGUUGAGAAAAGUUCUAAAAAUUUGAAAAAGCAAGCAAAAUCUGGAGACACUAAAUCUAAUGAAGAUUCAGAUGAAAACACUGAAGAAGAAGUGCCUGAAAGUAAAAGUGCUAAAUCUAAUGAGAAAAGUUCAAAAAAUACGAAAAAGCAAACAAAAUCUGGAGACAAAUCAAAAACAAUUGAGUCUGAUGAAGAAACUGAAGAAGAAAUUCCAGAUAAAAAAAAGAAAUCGGGGGAAGGAGAUAGUAAAGGUUCAAAAAAGUCUAAUAAGAUUGAAGAGGUUGAAGAUAAUACUGAUGAUAUGGCAAUGGAAGAUCAGGUUCCAACUGAUAUGAGUGAUACCACAGAGUCCAGUGAUGAGUCUGUACAGGAGUUUGGAAAGAAGAAAAAGAAGAGAAAAACUGUUGCCAAAGAAGAAUCUUCAAAAAGAAGGACAAGACAGAGUGGGAAGAAAUCUGAAAACAACACAGAAAAUUCAGAUUCUGAUCCAAACUUUGAUUCAGAUCUUGAGAAAGAGAUCAAAAGCCUGUCAAAAGAUACAAGACUAACAAGAAAAAAGGCAAAGGAGUCUGCAGACAGCAAAAAGGAAAGUAAGGGUAAAAAGGAGAAAUCAAAAGGAAUGAAAGCUGCCAAAGACAACAUCAGUGAUUUAUCUAGCACGGAUGAGGAAGGCAAAUCUCCGAAAAGACGGACGAGACAGAGCGAAAAGAAAUCCGAAAACACUACAGAAAAUUCAGAUACUGACCCAGACUUUGAUUCAGACCUAGAGAAAGAAAGUGAAAGUCUUUCUAAAGAUACAAGACUCUCAAGAUCGAAGACCAAGGAGUCCAAAGAAAGCAAAAAGGAGGAAGGUAAAAGCAAAAAGGAGAAAUCAAAAGAAAAAGAGGACAAGAAGAAAAGGAAAGUUGCUGAUGGUGAGGAAAGUUCCAGCUACAUUCGAAUUAAAAUUGCGGGAAAAGCUGUUCUUGAAGAUGAAAGUGAUGAUGAUGAUGACAGGCCCGAUGAUCUCUCUAGUGAUUCCAGUGAUGAUCCUGAAGUGUCGUUCCCAAAAUUAUCAACCCCAAAGAAGGGAAAGGGAAAGAAAAAACAUGAUGUGGAAGAGUUUAGUGAAGAUUCCGACUUCAUAACCCCUAAGAAGAAAAGGAAGCGUGGUGUUGUUCGUGACAAACUGUUAGAUGUUGAUAUCUCAGACUCUGAAGGGGAAACAGGGAAGAAAGGAAAGGGGAAAAAAGGGAAGAGGAAGAGAAAGAAGGAAGACAGUGAUGCUUUCUCAGAGAUCAGUGAUGAGGAGGAGAAUAGAAAGAAAGGGAAGAAGAGAAGAAGGAUAAAGAAAAUUGCAUCCAGCGAUGAAGAAAAAAACCCUGAAGAUGAGGAUGGCAGUGAUAUGGAAGAUGACGGGACCCCAGGAGGUUUUGCUAAACGUAAACAAAUCAGGAAGGUCAUAGGAAGCAAAAAACUCACAGACCAAACAAAGGCUGCCCAGAAGGCAGAAGAAGAAAGAAGAAAAAGAAUUGAAGAAAGACAAAAGGAGUACAACACAUAUGUUGAGGUUGAGGGUGGGGAAGAGGAAGAAGAGGAGGUUCCUGAGGGUACAGAGAGAGAAAUACACACACCUGUCAAGAAGGAUAGUAUUGCACAAAUUCUUGGGUCGCCUAGAAAGGUUCCUGUGACAACCAAAUGUGUACUUGAAAUGGAUAAAGAGAAGAAGAAAAAUCUCAUUGAAGUUGACAGGACUCUUGUUAGAAAGUUGAAACCACAUCAGGUUGAAGCUGUUAGAUUUAUGUACAACUGUUGUGUGGAGAGCAUACAUAGACUGAAAAAAGGUGAAGGGUCAGGCUGUAUUUUGGCUCAUUGUAUGGGACUUGGAAAAACACUGUCUGUGAUAACGUUUGUCCAUACAAUGCUGUCAAAUGUAAAAUUAACGAAGAUGACCAAAUGUUUGGUAGUAUGUCCACUAAACACAUGUCUGAACUGGGUCAACGAAUUUGAGAUAUGGCUUGAUGAUGUCGAUUUUGAAAUUGAGGUGUACGAGAUGUCAAAAGUGAAACAGAACUUUGAGCGAGCACAGAUGUUGAAAGAGUGGCAUGAAGGUGGCGCAGGUGUGAUGAUCCUAGGGUACGACAUGUACAGAAAUCUUGUGAAUGGAAGUCAUUGUAAGAACAAGAAGCAGAAAAAAAUCUUCUAUGAGACAUUGGCACAACCAGGUCCUGACAUUGUGGUUUGUGAUGAAGGUCAUAUAUUAAAGAAUGAUGCUACAUCAUUGUCAAAGUCCAUGAUGAAGAUUGAAACAAGAAAGAGGAUUGUACUCACGGGGACGCCGCUACAAAAUAACUUAGGGGAAUAUCACUGUAUGGUCGACUUUGUGAAGCCGGCACUAUUGGGGACGAGGAAAGAGUUCAACAACAGAUUCUGUAACCCUAUUAUUAAUGGACAGUGUAGUGACUCAACACCAUUUGAUGUAAAAUUAAUGAAACGCAGAGCCCAUAUUCUCCAUGAACUUCUAGCUGGUUGUGUCCAGAGAAAGGAUUAUUCUGCACUCACAAAGUUCUUGCCACCAAAGUUUGAAUAUGUGAUCUCGGUACGACUUUCCAAAGUUCAGAUGUCGUUGUAUGAGAAAUACCUGGAAAUGAAUGUAGGAGGUACUACGGGUACAAGUGAGAUACGGAGCAAGGGGGCACGACUCUUCACAGAUUAUCAAGCCUUAAUGAGAAUCUGGACCCAUCCUUGGGUGCUCAAACUGGAUGAAAUCAGACAGGAAAAUAAGCGUCAGUUUGAUGAUACAGAUGAUGAUGAUGAUUCAUUCAUUAAUGAUAGUGGGAGUGAUGAAGAUUCUUUUGUUGAUGAUUCAACAACGUCAUCAAGUAAUUCAUCAGAUGAAGAUAAUGGUAAUAGCAGUGAUAGAAAGAAGAAGAAAAAAAGAAAAACAAGAGGAGACAAUGAGGGUUCUUCAUCAGAUCAAGAUUCAAAGAAAGAAAAUGGUGAUGAAGUUGUGAAAAAAUGGACUUCAAAACGCAGAGGAAAUGAGGAGGGAGCAGGUUCAUCUUGGAUGGAGGAUAUGGGUUACAGUAAUGGACCAAAGGAGUUGACAUCUGAGUGGUGGGCGGAGUUUGUGAAGGAGGAGGACGAGUUUAAAUUGGAACUUAGCGGGAAAAUGACUCUCAUGUUUGAAAUCCUAAAAAUGUGUGAAGAUAUUGGAGAUAAAGUAUUGGUUUUUAGCCAGAGUUUACUCUCACUAGACAUAAUAGAGGAUUUCUUGGCAAAGGUUGAUGAGGCAAACAAUCCAACAAAUGAACCUAGUGAAGCUGAUAAAGAUAAAGAAAAAGAUAAACCAUCAACAUCUGAGGCUUCUGGGUCAGGAGAGCCCGUGGAAAAUGGGACAGAGAAAUCAGAAGAGGAGAAAAAUAAGGAAAAGCUUAAACAGUAUGGUAAAUCCUGGUCUAAAGGACUGGACUACUUCAGAAUGGAUGGUUCUACAAACUCACAGAAUAGGAAAGCAUCUCAAGAUAUGUUCAAUGAUCCAGAAAAUUACAGAGCACGUUUAUUCCUAAUCUCGACAAAAGCUGGUUCUCUGGGUAUCAAUUUGGUCUCGGCAAAUCGAGUAAUCAUCUUUGAUGCUUCAUGGAACCCUUCACAUGAUAUCCAGUCUAUCUUCCGUGUUUACAGAUUUGGUCAAGUGAAACCAGUCUACGUUUACAGGUUUUUAGCACAGGGCACAAUGGAAGAGAAGAUAUAUGAACGACAAGUUACCAAGCAGUCGUUGUCGCAGAGAGUUGUUGAUGAGCAUCAGAUAGAACGUCACUUUACUUCGGCAGAUCUCCAGGAACUGUACAAGUUUCAGCCUGAACGACUUGAUGAUCCGGAGAAAAAGAGUCGACCUCUACCUAUGUUACCAAAGGACCAUAUGCUAGCAGAGCUGAUGACCAACAAUAAAGAGUGGAUAGUAACAUAUCACGAGCAUGACUCUCUACUAGAGAAUGUUGUAGAACAAGAACUGACAGAGGAGGAGAAGAAAGCAGCCUGGGAAGAUUACGAGGAUGAAAAGAAAGGAAUUAGUAAAGCUAUGGGAGGAUUCCAGAUGAAUCCAGCUAUGUUAGCCACACAACAGAUGAACAUGCAGAACCUGCUCCUGCAAGGUCAAGCAAACCUUGGACAAGCUGCUGUGCUACAGAUUGUACAGGACCUCAAAGCUAGGUUCCCGAACCUUCCACCAGAGGUAUUUCAGCAACGUGUACAGGCCGUGCUCAGACAAGUCCUUACACAACAGAUCAUGCAGCAGUCUGAUAUACAGAGAAGACAGUUAGAGCAGCAGAGAAUGAAUGAGUUGAAUCGUCUGAACCAGAUCAAACAGCAGAUCCAGCGCCAGCAGGCCAUGAUUUCUAACCAGCAGAGAGGGUUCAACACAGGCAUGCCCAUGUUGCAGUCCAUGCUGCCCCAAGGGCUCAGACCACAGACCAUGAAUCAGUUACAGAUGCGACCCAGCAGCGCGAACUUUGACCAGCAGAAGAAAUGAGAACGAUUUUGCUGUUGAGCAUUUUAACUUUUUACACUUGCGAGAAAUCAGUUACCAUUGUGAUCCUGCUAAAGAGAUUUUAAUUAAUGACUUGAAAAAAAAAUGUUUAAUGUUUUAACUUCUCAGUUUCUUAGCUUUUGUGUUGAUAGUGUUACAAACUGUUAAAUCUUUGAUUUGUCUCAUUUUUGUGGAUUCCAUAUGAGUCAUUCCACAAAAUGAAAUCCCUAUGAAAACGUGGAACUCCCUUUCAUUUUGUGUUCGUAACUUGAAAUCUACUAAUUCAUAUCCCCACGAAAUAGCCAUUUUGGCUGAAAGCACAAAAUUUCAUGCCCAUAAAAAUGAUUUCACAGAAAGUUGUUAUGGUCUCCACAAAGUGUGAUAUACUUCAUCAUGUUUCCAUAUAGUGCUGUACAUCUCCAGACGGUGGAAAAGUGUCCAUCAAGGUCCCAGUUUAAUGUUACAUGGCUCAUUAUAGUCCCCAUGUAGUGCUGUAUGGUUGAUUGUGGUCUCAAAUAAUGUUACAUGGCUAAUCAUGUUCUCUGCCUAGUGCUACAGUCUUCAUUUGAGCCGCGCCAUGAGAAAACCAACAUAGUGGGUUUGCGACCAGCAUGGAUCCAUGCUGUUCGCUAACAGGUUCUCUAAUUGCAAUAGGCUUUGAAAGCGAACAGCAUGGAUCCUGACCAGACUGCGCGGAUGCGCAUGCUGGUCGCAAACCCACUAUGUUGAUUUUCUCAUGGUGCGGCUCAUUUAGUGUUUCAUGGCUUAUGGUACAUCAUGGUCUCAAAGUGAUGCAAUGUCUCUUAUGUUUGAAGAUCUUGUUGCUUAUUCAUUUACCCUAAAUCUAAUAAUACAUAGACAGGUCUUCAAAAAAAUACUUUAUGACAUAAUUUCAUUGGAAUUUAAAAUGACUUUAGUAGUCUUUUGUACUAAAAUUUAGGGGGGAAAAAAGGUGAGAAAAAACUCAGAUUCUUGAAGACUUUCCAGAUUUGUCAAAUACAGGAAUACGGUUCAAUACAAGAAUACCAAGUUGGGUGAAAUGGGCACAUUAUUUUAAGGAGUUUCAUUUGUUUUUUUUUUCUGUGGUAUAUGGGUAAAAUCUUUUAGGGACAAUAUUGCUUUAAUAACUGAAGACAUCACUUUUAGUAGUCUUGUUACCUUUGAUCGUUGUUUUUUUGCUUCAUUCAUUACUAAAGCAGAAUGACUUAAAUUAAGAUCUAGACAGAGGCGAAAUAUUUUGACAAGACAGAAAAAUGUUGAGACCAUGCAUAUAUGCAUAUAGUAAAGGUCGGAAAUGUGUUUUGCAGUGCCUGUUGCUGAUGUGAAUUCCUUUAAAAAAAAGUAUGACUUUAUAGAUUGAAUUGUAUCAUAAAGUUUAAAAAUAUCAUUAGUUUUCAUCAAAUUUAAAUAUUAUACACAACAAUUGUCAUUUAACAUUUCAUUAACAUGUAUAUUGCUUAAAGUUUUAUAUUGUUACAUUUUUGAUUGUAGGUGAUUCAUUAAUAAAAUUAGAAAUCAUUUCCAUAUCAUGCAUUGUAAAAUCUUUUGAAUCAUUCUGUUCAUCCUUAGGCCUGAGCAUUUAUUUUUCAGUGUUUAAAGUUAGAAACUUACUAUAAAAUGCCAACUUUUCAUUUUGCUCAAGCAUUGUUAAAUAUACCUAAUUUACAAGAAAACUUUACUUGAAUAUUCAUUCUGCAGUUAAUGAUGACUUGGCAAAAUUCCAGCAGUAUAAAUUCACUUCAUACCAUUCUUGAGUCUCAAAUUUAGACUUCUAACUUUGAUGAAUAGUAACCCUGUAUUCAUCAACUUUUCAAAAUCUGAAAUUAAAGGGGCAAGCUUCCAGAUUUAUAUCCAGUUUUUUUUUCAAACUUUAGAAAAUACCAGGUACAGUUUUUAGUAAUUUUAAACAAAAGGUAAAACUUAAGGGGUUUGAGCCUGAAAUCAGUCAUCAAUAAUGGUCUUAUGAUCAUAAUUUACCAUUUUUGGAAGUAGUUGAUAAAAGUUGUUCAGACAUAGAUUUCAGGACAUUGUUACAAGAAAAAUGGACCUUACAAAAGUAAAAAAUUAUCUCGUGUUCUUCAUGAACCAUGAAUGUAGCUGCACUUACCUUAUUAAAAAAACAACUUACAUAAAACUGAUUAAUAUGUGAUAAUUUAUAGAUGUUGCUGCUUGAAAGAGUUAGAUUUUGUUGUUUAUCCAGAGGCACGCGCCUUAAAGACUUAAUUUCAAAAUGCUAACUGUUUUACUAAAAUCUGUGAACCUGAUUUUGACCCCUCUCUGCUUAAUUUAUUAACGGUUGGGGUUUUUUUUCUGGGGGUGGGGUGGAGGGGAUGCAAGGUGCUAAACUCAACACACAGAAAGUGGGUUUACAAUUAUUUAUGGACAUGGGGUUGAAAAUGCUACUGCCAGGAAUAUUUUUACCCAAUACAGUAAAAUAUCUUGAAAAUAUAUUUUCAUAUUGGUCUAAUAGUUAUUCUUGUCUGGUAUUGUGUAUGAAACAAAACUGGUUAUAUACAGUUUAUUGUAAAUAUGAAAUAUUUAAAGAUUGGUUUCCUUGUUUCCAAAUUAGACUGGACAGAGCAAAUGUUGCUGAUGUUAUACGUUUGCUUUAUUGCUUUAGUAACUGGACAUCACUUUUGGUAGUCUUAAAAUUGUUACCUUUGGUUGUUGUUGUCUUUUUGCCUCAUUCAUUACUAAAACAGAAUGACUUAAAUUAAGAUCUAGACAGAGGCGAAAUAUUUUGACAAGACAGAAAGGUGGUGAGACCAUGCAUAUAGUAAAGGUCAGAAUGUGUUACAGUAAAAUAUUCUGAAAAUAUAUUUUCAUAUUGGUCUUAUAGUUAUUCUUGUCUGGUAUUGUGUAUCAAACAAAACUGGUUAUAUACAGUUUAUUGUAAAUAUAAACUAUUUAAAGAUUGGUUUCCUUGUUUCCAAACUAGACUGGACAGAGCAAAUGUUGCAGAUGUUAUACGUUUUGAAAGUUCAUAAAAUUGAAGACAAAAGUAAAGAAAAAACUUAUUUUCUGAACGACCUACAAAAAUUGGAGUAGUAGUAUUCUUUUGCUUAACAAUCAGAUAUUUUUGAGGGCCAAUAUUUCACAUUCUUUGAAAUUGAAAUUUGUAUGCGUGGCAGAAUGUUUGUGAUAUAUGGCAGUUUCAAAUAUUUAGGACUGUUCAUAACUGAAAAGUAUUUUUUAAGUAUUUAUUUUGAGACUGGAAAUGACGAAAAUAUUUUAUUUUAGCGUGAUCAGUCAUUGUAGUAGAAGUAGUUUGUUUUAGACUUUGUAAAGGUAAAUGGAUAUAUAUUGACAAUUGACAGUUUCAGUGGGAUUAGGUAUUCUGUUAUUCGGUUUCUGCAUCCGUCAGCCAUAAAAGAACUUUUUUUAUGCUGAAAUUGCACACAUACAUAAUUAAACAGAAAAUGCCAAUUACCAUUAUGGGUCCACUACCUUAAGAAAAAUUACAUGUAUGUGCUUACAGUGUGUUCUAGGGAGUUCUUCAUGCUUGUUUUAUCUAUUUUACAUGGUGCAUAAAGGUCAGUCAUCAUUUUCCAACUCAUUUGUACACAGUUAAGGAUAGUACAUGCCAUUUUAUAUUUUCAUCUCUUUCACAGAUGUAUAUGUGGGAACAACAUCUUGAAUUUCAUUCAGGUAUAUCUUUUAUGUGUGUGUGUGUACAACUUACACCAUCAAUUUUUAUGGACAUAGUUUUUUCAUGUCAUAAACUCUUAUACAAUGUUAUAGUUCUUAUAAAUAUCUUUUGAACAAGGUUGGCUUUAGAGAUCAUUUUGCACUUUAAUAUAGGAACAAGGUGAGUUUUUCUGAUCACUCGAUGUCCGGCGUCUGUCUGUCUGUCCGUCAACAUUUCGCUUGUGUAUGCGAUAGAGGCUGUAUUUUCCACUGAUCUUCAUGAAGUUUGGUCAGAAUGAUUACCUUGAUGAAAUCUAGGCCGAGUUCGAAAAUGGGUCAUCUUGGUCAAAAACUAGGUCACUAGGUCAAAUCAAAGAAAAACCUUGUGUAUGCAAUAGAGGCUGUAUUUUUCAAUUAAUCUUCAUGAAUUUUGGUCAGAAUGAUUACCCUAAUGAAAUCUAGGCAGAGUUCGAAAAUGGGUCAUCUGGGGUCAAAAACUAGGUCACUAGGUCAAAUCAAAGAAAAACUUUGUGUAUGCAAUAGAUGCUGUAUUUUUCAAGUAAUCUUCAUGAAUUUUGGUCAGAAUGAUAACCUUGAUGAAAUCUAGGCAGAGUUCGAAAAUGGGUCAUCUGGGGUCAAAAACUAGGUCACUAGGUCAAAUCAAAGAAAAACCUUGUAUAUGCAAUAGAGGCUGUAUUUUUCAAUUGAUCUUUAUGAAAUUUGGUCAGAAUUAUUGCCAUGAUAAAAUCUAGGUAGAGUUUGGUUAUUGGUCAUCUGUGGUCAAAAACUAGGUCACUAGGUCAAAUCAAAGAAAAACCUUGUGUAUGCAAUAGAGGCUGUAUUUUUCAAUUGAUCUUUAUGAAAUUUGGUCAGAGUGAUUUCCUUGAUGAAAUCUAGGUCAGGUUUGAAUAUGGGUCA